GAACUAUCUUCUUUUAUCAAAAACUAUAUUCACAGGCUGCCGUGUACCUUCUCCAUCCAAAGAUGGCAACUAUAGCUACUGGUCUUAACAUUGCAACCCAGCGUGUCUUCGUCACCAGCGAGAAUCGGCCAGUUUGUCUCGCCGGUCCGGUCCAUUUGAACAAUUCGUGGAAUCUUGGGUCAAGAACAACUAACCGGAUGAUGAAACUUCAGCCGAUUAAAGCAGCACCGGAAGGAGGGAUAUCGGACGUAGUGGAGAAAAGCAUUAAGGAAGCUCAGGAGACUUGUGCGGGCGAUCCUGUGAGUGGAGAGUGUGUAGCUGCGUGGGACGAGGUUGAAGAACUUAGCGCAGCAGCUAGCCAUGCUAGAGACAAGAAGAAGGCUGAUGGUUCGGACCCUUUGGAGGAAUACUGCAAAGACAAUCCUGAGACCAACGAGUGCCGUACUUACGACAACUGAAGCGAUCAAGAUCCUGUUCCGGAUUCAUACGUAUACGACAAAUCUUUGUUCCGGUCCAUUUGGUAAUGUCAGGUUAUAUAAAUCAUGUCUUUGAAUCUGAAUUAGCUCUAAAAACAUUUGUAAUUUGUAGUUCCAUAAACGAAUACAAAAGCCAAAAUUUCAUAACAGGUAAUGCGCAG